CGUGCGCGGUCUUCAUCUGACUAAUUGAAAGCUAAACGAAGAAGAAGUGGCGCUUCAAAACAAACAUUUGGCUUUUUACGACUCGACUCUAACUCCAAAAAUGGCCUUUCUCUCAUCGCAGUAUCGCAACAAAUCUGUAUUUGUUUGGCCGUAACGGGAUCCUGGCACGGUUGGACAACGUCAUGGAGGCCAAAAAAGCGACUUUGAGUGUUCCUGUUUACGGACAUGUCAUUGCCAGCGAGAAAUGGAGAGACUCGUCCCUCAUUCAAAACUUGAAAGGUGGAGGUGUGAAAAUCCUCUUUGAGAACGAGCUCGGCACGGCAGAUUUUCUUCUCCCAAACAAAAGCUGCAUCCUCUACCUGUCCGAGUGUGACGUCAUCGCAGGCUCCGCCUACAAGAGGAAGUUGGUCCGCUACAGGACUGCCUGCAGCAGCUUCCAGGAGCUGGUCCUGGUGGAGAAAACCCGCCUGGGCGAGCAGUACUUCGCCUCUGUCCAGAAGUUUGUCGUCUUUGAGCUGGGACUGACGCUGCUGCCAGUCGGCGGACAGACGGAGGCCUCCCAGCUCAUGGUUCAAAUGGUUCACGGGGACGGCAGGGACAACCCGUUCAGUAGGAGGAGCUCGUCCCGGCUCCUGGACCCGCUGGUUUUGGCCCUGGUGCAGCAGGUCCCCGGGGUGGGCCGAGUCAAAGCCCUGGCUCUGCUUGAGCGCUUCUCCAGUAUCCACCAGAUCUGCAACGCAGGCGUCGCAGACCUGGAAGCCACAGUGGGACAGGCCGCCGCUCAGAACAUCCACAACUUCUUCCACAAAUCCACGGGGUCUUGAAGCUGAUCAACUGAUCCAAGGACCCAAGGAGCUGCUAACAGGAGACUUUUUUUGUGUCUCACUAAGUCCUGAAUGUAGUGACAGAACAGUUAAUGGUCUUUUCUCGUGAAGACUUCUACUGUACACAUUUAGGAAUCAAUGUCUUUAGACCCUACUCUUUGGUUAAGGCAGAGGUGUCCAAAAAUGGCCCCCAGCUAUUUUUUUAAUGGCCAGAAGCACAUUCUAAAAUAAUAUUACGAAAAAGAAACACAAAAAAGUGGAAUAAAAGAGCAAAAAAGUUGCAAUGUUGACUCUAAUACCACAAAGCUGCCAUGUGCGCUGUUUUUUCUUUAAAAGUGUCAUUGCUCAAAAAAUAAUAAUGAAUCAAAAUCAAUGAUGUCAUAAAUUAUUGGCCUGUUGACCAAUCGCUUCCCCACAAACAUUCAAUUUUUAAAUAUGUUUGAAUGAAAAUAUUGCAUAUUUUGUGUGUUUGCCAGAAAAACUUGAGUUUUCUAUGACAAAAAGAGCAUUAAGUAAACAAAAAAAAACUACCGUAUUUUUCGGACUACAAGUCGCUCCGGAGUAUAAGUCGCACUGGCCGAAAAUGUAUAAUAAAGAAGGAAAAAAACAUAUAUAAGUCGCACUGGAAUAUAAGUCGCAUUUUUUGGGGAAAUGUAUUUGAUAAAAGCCAACACCAAGAAUAGACAUUUGAAAGGCAAUUUAAAAUAAAUAAAGAAUAGUGAACAACA